ACUCGCACAACUUUGAAUUUCAAAUCCUGCUAGCGUCGUACAUAUGUCUGAAGAAACCAGGUUUUCAGAGCAAAUCACCGCCUGCCAGACAGCCAUUGACAGUAUAGUUCUGCUGAUAUUUGACUCUGAAACAGCAAACGAUGCUCUUUUUCGCCCAUAUGAUUUCAAAGUGUUUCAAAAUCUGCUUUCAACCAUCCAGCUGAGUUUUACUAUAGAUGUUGAACAAUAUCGUUUAUCUGUACCACAAGACACAAAUGACGAUGAAAAAGAGAGUAUCCAGAAACAAGUAGACGUCUUCAAUGACGGCUUAGACUCCCGGGCGUUGGACUUUGUGUUGCUGAAUGCAUUCAUCAAAACGGUAGAAUCGUAUACUGAUGCGAUCAUAUCCUCACACAAACGAGAAGACCCAAAAGUCACUCUUGGUGGUGUUCAAGUGCCUGAAUCUAAUGUUAUAUAUUACUCCAAAAUCAGCAUUUUGUUGGACCUUUUGGUGUUUCUUGGUACCGAAAAUUCCAGCUAUAAGAAGAUAUUCCACCGUUUGACGGCGUAUGUGCUGGAGACGUUAUUCAUAAUCUCCACCAAAGAAUUGGAGGUAUUCUGGUACUACAUGGAGUCUCGCCUCAAUCUCAUCAAUGGCACCAUCUUCAACAGAGCCGUGACUAGUGAUAGAAUCGCCAUAUUAGAGGUGUGCAAUCCACUUACCGAUAAAUUUCAUUCUACUGAUUCGUACAAAAAGGACAGUUUCAAUGAAGGACUCCAGUCCCGAAUACGGGUGUUUGUCAAUAAGCUUCUCGGAGCCGAAGAUAACACUGGUUUGAACAAGUACUUUUCGGUGUCGGGAAGAGGAGUACCAGAAAUGGCCCUUGUGAAGAGAAGAGACAACCAACUCUACGACAUCAUCGACUGCUUCAAGGCCAUACGAGACCCUCAUUCGUACUUAAGACCUGCCAGAAUCAAGAGCUUCAGGGACAUGUCCAACACCUUUUCCCGCGUGUACGAGCGGUUGAUGAAGUUGGAAAUCGACUAUUUGAAACAACACCCCCGUGAAGUGUACGUUGUGAAACCUCCUCGUCUGGAGUCUGAAAUGGAGUACUUGAAACUGAAAUAUUCCAAUAAAGAGUAUUUUCCCGAGUUGUAUUGGUUAAGUGUGUUCAAUAAGAACCCCCAAACGUUGGAGAAAGACAUCAAAGACGAUCAAGACUUCACCCACGAUCUCCUCAACAACAACAAACUCAGAGAAGUGGUGUUGGUGCAAAUAUUCUUCAUCAGUAUGUUCUUUGCAGAAGCCAGCUCGUAUGCAAAGAAACAGCUUCUCAAAAACCUACCUCCCAAAACCAAACAUCUCGUGGACGACACUGCCCAUGAGCCAACCAGUAAGACCUUCUAUGCCUUGAGGUCCAACAUCGUCAAAGAGCUUCGGUACGCCGACUCGUCCUUUUCAUUUUUGCUCCAGAAUAUCGUUGCUGUGGAAAGACACUGGUGGCUGUGGUUACUCUACAACAAAGAUCCAAAAACUGGGGCUCCGUUGUUGUCCAACCGGAAACUCUCUGACGAGGAGUUGGCUGCCAGUGAGGCAAAGUUUGGUGGCCUCUUCCCGGUGAAAACAAAACGGUAUUUCAAUAUCUACGUAACUCCCCAGUUAUCUCGAAGAAUGAAGGCAGUGCGUGGGUUGGAUAAUGUCAAUAUCAAGGAAUGGGGUCUUAGUGAUGACAACUCGAUGCAGGUGGAACAAACUGACCCAGACUUAAAAAAUGUCCGACUUUGGAAACAGUAUCGACAAAAACGGCAACAUAACUGGAUUGACUUUGGUACAGCUUUGACUCCAGAAGUGGUUGCCAGUGUUUACGAUGAACCUGCGGUCAAGAAGAGUAAGGCUGAGGAUGAAGCAGGCACAGAAGUGUCUACGGAGGUAUAGAAGAAGCACAGAUUCAAGCCAAAGGAAUAUAAGUAACGACUUUGUCCUUCACGACGUUGGAUCUCAAAAGCUACAUUUUUUUGCCGCAAAAAAAUCCAUCCACAUACACACAUAUGAGCACCUCGCAAUACCAAACCCUUAAAGAUUUCGUCGUCACCUCCCAUUCUUUGGAAGAAUAUGGGAUCCUUUAUCUCAUCCUUCAUCACUUGAAGCAUUUCCAGGGCUUGUCGUUCCUCCUCGACUGUCUCAAAGCUGAACUUAGAAAACCAAUAACCAAGGAAAACUUACAAGAUGUAUACUCCAUGAGUGCAAGCUUUGUUAGCCAUGCAAGAGGUUUGAAGAGGGCCUUCCUGCGGUUUGAGGACCAUGCCCUGACCAUGUUCUCCUACUUUUAUGGAGAACAGAUCACUGAAAUCCUCGUUGACUUGAACCAUCGUCUACUUCGGACUGCAAACACGUUUAGUUUUCUUGAAGCCGUCGAAUCCAUCGAAAAAGACCUUAACAGGGUGGUUGCUGACAUGAUCCUAGAGUCUCAGGAAGAUGGUGGCUAUGCCAGCCAGGAGGAAGACUCCAUAGUGGUGAAUCACCAGAUAGAUCCUGCAAAGCAAGAUAUUAAUCCUUAUGAUUUAGUCUUAUAGAGUGCUAGUGAGAGGCGUAUGACUCAACGUGCUAUGCUGCAUAUCACCUAAGGUCUUUUGCCAUUGAUCUGUUUAUAAUGUUAUAAAUAGACAAGCAUUUUUUACCUAAGUUGUAGUUUCUGUGAUUCUUGCGAAUUUGAGACUUGGUAAUUUGCAGCCGUAGAAUCUAUCUAAAGAUAUACGUGUGCUUUUGGCUGUUUGGGAGCCUUCAAGCCAUAAUUCACAAGGAUGCCUCUUUAAUAGUGACCUUAGACCACCAUCAACCCUUAUACUU